AUGCGGAUUAACCGGCAGACGGCCGUCAGCCGGUGCCGGCUGUCAACUCUGACGGUGCGAGCCGCGUCUGACGGUCAAGCGGCAGCGGAGACGGCUGAACCACAGUCGGCGUCGUUCGAAGCGUCGCUCGUGAGCAAGAACAGCGUCGUGGUGCCUGACUCGGAACUGAGCAUCACCAAGACGUCUUUCGGCACCAUCGGCCUGACGGUGGGGCUGCUGCUGCUGUCGUACGGCUUUGGCGCCUACUUCCAGUUCCUGCCGGGCUCCGAGUCCUCCGCCCUCAUGCUCACCUACGGCUUCCCCACUGCGCUCAUCGGAUUCGCUCUCAAGUAUGCGGAGCUCAAGCCGGUGCCAUGCACAUCGUAUGCCGACGCUGUUGCUCUGCGGGAGGCACAGGCCACGCCCAUCCUGCAGCAGGUACGCAGUGAUGUCACGCGGUUCCGCUAUGGAGACGAGCAACAUCUGGAGGAGGCCCUGAAGAGAAUAUUCCGCUACAACCUGUCGGGAGGCAUUCAGCGCAGAAACGCACCUACACUUACCUCGAUCAGCGAGCAGGUGUAUAACGGACAGUACUCCCUGGUGCUUAUCUUCGAGGCCCCGGCUCUCUCGAAAACGGAUUUCAUGGAGAGGCAGGCCAAGUUCACAUCCUUCUUUGGGCCGGGCGUUCAGGCUUUGAUUGAGGAGUCCGCCAGCUUCCGUGGCGGCAUGGAGGUGGCGGGCCCGCGGCGGGCAGGCGUUCGGCGAGUGGAGGAGGGGGAGCGCGUGGUGGUGUACGAGGCGCGGGACGCCAUGCGCAUCGCCACCGUCACGCCCACCCGCUCCCUGCAGAACCGCUUUGGAGUGUUCCGGCACAGCGAGUGGGUGGGGCAGCCGGUGGGGUCGCGGGUGCGGGCGGUUAAGGGAGGCGGCUUCGUGCACCUGCUUGCACCCUCGCCUGCCCUCUGGACCAAGGUGCUACCGCACCGCACGCAGAUCCUGUACCUGCCGGACAUCGCUCUCAUCAUCGCCCGCCUUGCCGUGACCCCUGGCGCCACGGUGCUGGAGAGCGGCACCGGCAGCGGCAGCCUCUCUCACUCCCUCGCGCGCGCCGUGGCGCCCACCGGCCGCCUGCUCUCCUUCGACUUCCACCACGCCCGUGCGGAGCAGGCGAGGGCGGAGUUUGAAGCCAACGGCAUAGCGGGUGUGGCCAGUGUGCAGGUCAGGGACAUCCAGGGCCACGGCUUUCCCCCUCACCUGCACGCCUCCGCGCACGCCACCUUCCUCGACCUGCCCAGCCCCUGGCUCGCUCUGCCCUCCGCCGCCGCGUGCCUGCUGCCGGGCGGGCGGCUGUGCUCCUUCUCGCCGUGCAUGGAGCAGGUGCAGCGCUGCUCCCACGCCAUGCGCGCCCACGGCCUCACCG